AUGGCUGAUAUUAAAACGCAAAUAGGAAUUAUUACUGAAUUGUCAAACAAAAUCAUAAAGUUGUUAACUAAUACUAAGAAAUGUAGCCGAUCCAAAAUAACAAGAGGUUAUUUGGACACGCGAUUAGAGACAUUAAACGAGUAUAUGGAUUCAUAUAACAAACAAUAUCAUUAUUUUCAAACAAAAUAUUCGGAAAAGGAAUUAAAAAGUUGUGACUUCGAUUCAGAGAAUAACUAUAGUAUUACGGAAGAUGCCUAUUUGGAUUUAAAAACGUUGUUAAAGGAUUAUUUAUAUGAAUUAGAUUCUACUCAUACCUCCGGUAAGAAUGCUAAUGACACUUCUGACUUCUCAAAAUUGAAACCAAAAUUGCCACCAAUACCAAUACCAAAAUUUAAUGGAGAUUACAGUAAUUGGAUAAGUUUCAGAGAUCUGUAUCUAUCACUCAUACAUAAUGAUAAUAACUUGUCAAAUAUUGAGAAACAUCAUUACUUGAAAUCUAGUUUGACCGGAGAAGCCGAACAAUUGCUUCAAAAUUUUAGUCUCAGUGAUGCAAAUUACCAAGAUGCGUGGCAAAAAUUAGUUGACAGAUUUGACAAUCAAAGAGUUAUAGUAAACAAUAUCUUAAACCGCUUAUUGAACCAAAAGAAGAUGACAACGGAAUCUACACAAGGUAUUAAAGACUUAUUAGAUACUACUACUCAAUGCCUCGACUCGCUAAAGAAUAUCAGAAUUGAUGUAUCAAAUUGGGAUGCAAUCAUAGUGCAUAUAACUGUUAAAAAAUUAGAUACUGAAUCACACAAGUUGUGGGAACAGUCCCUCGAAAACUCAACUGAUAUACCUACGUUUCACCAAUUAACCUUGUUUUUAGAAAAAAGAUUUCGCUCUAUGGAAAUGAUAUACACUACACAACCUAAGGAUUAUGUAAGAAAACCUAUGCCGCAAAAAGUCACUAACGUCAAAUCUUUUGUAACAGAAAUGAAAAAUGCUUGCACAUAUUGUUCACAGAAUCAUUAUAUUUGCCACUGUAAAGAUUUUGCCAACUUAAAGGUUUCAGAACGCCAGGACUUCAUUAAGAGAAACAACAUAUGCUUUAAUUGCCUUAUUAAGGGACAUAAUGUUUUGAACUGUAGACAGAGUACAACUUGUAAGAAAUGUGGGCGACGCCAUCACACUCUGCUGCAUUACACACCCCUCAAUAAGACAGACUUAUUAAGUGGUAGCUCAUCUUCAACUGAAGAAAAGAGAGAACAUCCUGCUUCAUCUUGCAACACAGUUUGUAUGAAAACUGAAACUCAAAGCCACCAAGUAAUUUUAGCGACAGCUCAAUUGGCUGUAAAGGCACAAAAGGGUAAUACAUACAUCUUACGAGCGCUAAUAGAUCAAGGUUCUCAGGCCUCAUUCCUUACUGAAGCAGCUGCACAACUAUUACAACUGGACCGUAUUCCUGUGCAUGGCAAAGUCACUGGUGUAUCCAAUUCAACAGUGGUUACAAUAAGGUCUAUGGUGAAAUUUACAAUACAAUCUACUAAGCAAUGUACACAACCAAUUGAAGUUAAAGCUUAUAUACUUAAAAAACUUACUUCAUUACUACCUUCAAGGGAAUUCGCACAAGAUGCCUGGCCUUCUACAAUGUCUUUAGAUCUAGCAGAUCCAGAGUAUUACAAGCCAAGGCAUAUUGAUAUUUUGUUGGGUGCCGACGUGCAUGCUGAAAUAAUACAAGAAGGUAUACACAAACACAAGUCUCUUGUCGCAGUCAAUUCUCGCUUGGGCUGGUUAAUAUCUGGAAGAGUCUCACAAAUAGAACCACAAAAACAUGAUGUCAUUGUCACUCACACAAAGGUUGAUGUGGAUCAGUUGCUCAGGCAGUUUUGGGAAAUAGAAGAGCCCUUAUCUCAUGAGAAACCUCUCACAGAACUGGAAGUAUUGUGCGAGGAGCACUUUAAGAAAACUCACACUCCGCUCGGUGACACUAAACUUGUAGCGCUGCGUCGUCUGCAACAGAUGGAAAAGCGUUUCACACAAUCAUAUGACCUGAAAGAAAAAUACAUAAGGUUUAUGGAUGAAUAUUUAACAAGUGGACAUAUGGAACCUGUACCUGAAAGAGAACUUAAAACAAAAAAUCAAUGUUACUACUUACCUCAUCAUGCUGUAGUGCGACCAGAAAAUAUCAGCACUAAAUUAAGAGUAGUGUUUGAUGGAAGUGCUACACCUGUCAAUGGAAAAUCAUUAAAUGAAGAAUUAUUAACAGGACCUUCUAUACUACAAGAUAUAAGGAAGCUGAUCACUCGCUGGAGACAACACAAAAUUUGCUUGAUUGGUGACAUUAUGAAGAUGUACAGACAGAUUUUGAUAUCAAAGGAAGACCGUGAUUAUCAAAGGAUAUUAUGGCGAAAAUCUCCCAAGGAUCCAGUAGAAGAGUACCGACUACUUACUGUAACAUAUGGUACAUCCUCGGCACCAUUUCUGGCAAUGCGUACCUUGCAUCAGCUCGCUGAAGAUGAAGCUGUUAACUUCCCUCAAGAAUCUGCAAUAAUAAAAUCAGAUAUUUACAUGGAUGACCUGAUGACAGGAGCCUCCACCGAAGAAGAUGCAAUAAGGCUACAAAGUGGCUUGACAGAGCUAUUUAAUCGUGGUGGUUUCAAACUACACAAGUGGUCGUCUAACAGUGAAUCAGUGUUGUCUAAAAUCCCAAAUGACGAUAGAGAGUCACAAAGUGUAGUGCAUAUUAAGGUUCAAGGUACAAUUAAGGCAUUAGGUAUAGUAUGGAAUUCACAGACAGACAAUUUUGAGCUAAAAUUAAAUUUAGAUUGUGAUACUGAACUCAUUACUAAAAGAAAUGUACUCUCUGCUAUAGCUAAGACUUUUGACCCUCUGGGUUGGUUGGCACCGGCUAUCAUUUGUCUUAAAAUAUUUAUGCAAAAGCUGUGGUUAGCGGGCUUAGAUUGGGAUGAAGAAUUGACUCCAGAGUUGAAAGCUGAAUGGUUGACUUACAUUGAAAAUUUUGCAAAUGCACAAACCAUUGAGCUUCCACGCUGGCUCUUCAUUUCAAAUGUAACGUCUGAAAUUGAACUUCAUGGAUUUUGUGAUGCAUCUUGUGUUGCUUAUGCUUGUGUUGUGUACCUCAGAGUUCGGGAUGGUGACAAAGUUAAUAUUCGUUUGAUUGCUGCCAAAUCACGGGUAGCUCCUGUAAAACAAGUAUCACUACCUCGUCUUGAACUUUGUGGUGCAGUAUUACUGGCUAGGAUGCUAAGAGUAUUGAUACUGGAAUUAAAGAUUGAUAAAAGUAAUGUUUACGCUUGGACAGAUUCUACCAUCGUUUUGGCUUGGUUGCGGAAAACUCCUAAUAACUGGUCUACUUUUGUUGCUAAUCGCACGGCUGAAAUUUUGACUUGUACAAAUAGCUCUCAAUGGCAUCACAUUCCCUCUAUUUGUAAUCCUGCUGAUGUAGCCUCGCGUGGAAUUAAUCCAAUUGAAUUACAGCAGUCAGAACUAUGGUGGAAUGGCCCUACAUUUUUAAAAACAACCAACUGGCAAAGGAAUAUUAGUUCAUUUUUAACUGCAACUGAACUAAAAAGUUCAUUAAAUCUUUGUAUUAAAUUAUCACAACACAAAUAUUUUGAAAUUGAAAUUGAUUGUUUGUCACAAGGGAAAUGUGUCCCUAAGAAAAGUAAAUUGUAUACUCUUAAUCCUUACCUUGAUAAAGAUCAAAUUGUAAGAGUGGGUGGGCGACUCCGCAAUGCAGAAAUACCUCCUUAUCAAAAGUCACCUAUUGUUUUAAGUCACAAUUGUCAACUAUCCAAAUUAAUAACUAUUGAUGCUCACAUAAGGACACUGCAUGGAGGUCAUCAACUCACAUUAAACUAUAUAAGACAAAAAUACUGGAUAUUUAGAGUUAAAAACUUAACCAAAAUUGUUAUUAGAAAAUGUAUUCCUUGUUUUAAACAAAGCGCUGUACCUCACUUUCCAUUUAUGGGUAAUCUACCUCACUAUAGAGUACGGCCUGAUCGUCCCUUCAGGACUACAGGCACAGACUUUGCAGGACCUUUUAGCUUAAAACUGUACCCAGGUAGAUGUAAAAAACUUUGUAAAGCUUAUAUUUGUCUUUUUGUGUGUACUGUAACAAAAGCCAUUCACCUGGAAGUAGUAAGUGACUUGACCUCUUCUGCCUUUAUAGCCGCGUUUAAAAGAUUUACAGCUCGACGUGGUCACUGUAAGGAUAUGUGGAGUGACUGCGGUACAAAUUUUGUUGGGGCUUCACGGGAAUUAGAUGUAGUUUUUAAAAAUGUUAAAUCUCAUGUUGUUUCAGAAAUUUCAGAAUUAUUAGCUAAUGACCAAACAAACUGGCACUUUAUACCACCUCACUCUCCUCACUUCGGGGGAUUGUGGGAGUCCGGGGUGAAAUCAGUAAAAACACAUUUGAAAAGAGUUAUUGGUCAAACUUCCCUUACUUUUGAGGAAUUUUAUACUCUUUUAACACAAAUCGAGUCAUGUGUAAACUCCCGUCCUUUAACCUUAAUUAAUUCUUCCUUAGAUGAACCUCCAUUAACACCUGGACAUUUUUUGAUUGGCGAACCUCCGUUCGUUGUGCCUGAUGAACCACUUGAAAAUGUAAAAUUGAGUCCUCUUCAACGCUGGCGCCUGUUACAGCAAAUGAUGCAAAGCUUUUGGCACCGCUGGCAAAAUGAAUAUUUAGUUUCCCUCCAAAACCGUUCUAAAUGGAAUAAGGGUUGUCCAGACAUAAAGAUUGGUACUAUUGUUCUAGUGAAAGAUGAUAGACUGCCACCAGGCAAAUGGCUUUUGGGUCGAGUAAUUGAUAAACAUCCAGGUGUGGAUGGCAUAACUAGAGUAGUGACACUUCAAAAUAAAACUAAAAAGUUUAAAAGACCUAUAGUCAAGCUAUGCCCUCUACCCAUGGACGAUUGA